CUAUGUUAAAUCCAACGACGACAAUGGGGAGACGAACGUUCGACGAUGACUCGGAGAAUGUUCCUCCCGAGGACGUCAACUCAAACUUUACUCGUCCGCGGAGGUAUCGACUCCAAGCCUGGGAGAACGGCGGAAGAGGAGGCGAUGGCGUCGGCGGAGAAAAGGGAGGAAGAGAUGGAACAAAUUCGGCGACUGCGAUUUUAUCCCCUUCGAAAUGGGGUGGGACGGGCGGUAUGGACUCGUUGUCUAGAGGACAGGUGUCAGAUGAAGGUGACGUUGGCCAACGUCGGAAGCACUCGGGUUUUAGCUCGGGUUCGACCUCGGGAGCACUUGGAAGAGGGGGAGUUUCCAGUCGCGGCGAGAGCAGCGCUCUGCGGAUGAUGCACAGUUCCAUCAGGCUACAAGAAGAGAUAGUAAAAAGGGUUAAUGACGUUGCCUUAAAGCGCAGCAGCCGAAGCGGCGGAACAACAGGCGGAAGCGGUGGAACAACAGGCGGGGGCGUGGGAACAGGCGAGUCUCAGACGGAGACUCAGACGGAGACAGCAGGCGGCGUUCGGACGGACGUUCUUGCAGGGAAAGGGGGGGCAGGAGCAGGAGGAGGAGGAGGAGGAGGAGGAGGAGAGAGAGAGAGAGGUACUGGGGAUGUCCUUUACGAUGGCGGUGGAAAAAGGAGGAGGAAAAGCAGCGGAUCGAGCACGAGAUCUUCCGUCGAGAAUGUUCAGGUCGGUGGUGGUCGUGCUGUUGCGCUCGCUAGCGGUAGUUCCGCCACUACCGCUGCGGGUAGUGCUGUCGCUUCCGGCGCUGGGAUGCUGAUGGGAACAACAGGGAGCAGAGACAGGAGUGGUCUUGGGACUCAAGCCGGGAGGGGAGUUUCAAGACAGGCUGGUGUAGGGAGGAGGGAAUGGACCAUGGAUCAUGGCCAACUUCUUCUUCCUGGAAGAGGCGGCGGCGGAUUUUCAUUGCCUUUCCAGUAUCCCCCUGUUGGAUUUUCUUACUCUGGUCUCACUGUGCCUGGUUUGCCAGUGGCCGCUCGAGGCGCGGGGGCACCGGGAGUAAGAUUGGAUCCAGUUGGGCCUGGCAACCUGGUUAUGGCGGGCGCUGGCACAGUGGGUGUACCGCUGAUGGCAACAACGCACAGUUACGGAUCCGGGCCGCGGAGGGCGAACCGAAGGGGAAAGGGAGGGAGAGGUAGGGGCGGAGGUAUGGUCGUGUUUCCCGUUCAGCCCGUCGUGCCCCCCCCCUCCUUGGCCUGGUUGGGCCUGCAAACGGGAGGCGCUAGACAUGCUCAUGACAAGGAGGUGUCCAGGGAAAGUAGCAACAAUGAUGAAGGUGGGGAAACUCCCAGCUGGAUGACCGCAGCACUGUCCAAAGGCAGAGGGGGGCUUGGGACGGUUGCAGCUACGGCCAGAGGGUGGAAUAUCGUAGUUACGGAGAAAGGGACAAUACUGAGGACCAAGGCCUCUCGUAGAGGCCGACACCCGGAUUUCAAUUCCGGUAGCAAGAGCAAUGGAGGCAGCAGAAAGAGGGUGGGGAGGGGUGCGGCUGCGAGAUCGGGUGGGAGCACGGCAGCCACAACACCUCGUCGGCCUGGGGAGCGUCAAGGGGAGUCACUUGGUGGGGUGAGAGGGGGGGGGCAUGGAGGAGCUCAGAGGGGAACAGCUAAAGGGGGGUCGUCGGUUUAUGGGUCACAAACGAGUGGGGGGGCGGUUAAGCGUUCGAGUGCAGUAUAUCAUUGCUGGGGCCCUCAGAGCGCAUUUGAAGGCCUGAUUCCUCAGACUAAAGCCCUGGGUAUGAUGGGUGAUGACUGUGCAGGAGGGGAGAUCACGGCUGUGGUGGUGCAGCAGAAGCUGCUAGGGGGUGGAGCCGCGAGAGGGGCCGGAGCACAGAGCAAGGUCUCUAUACCUGCGCAAGUCUGGUGGUAUGGUCAGGAUGGAGAAUGGAGUUGGAGAUCCUGCCUAGUGGUGGGCUAUGAUGAGGUGAAGGGACAGUACUUCAUUCGCUGGCCACGAGAACUUGUCUUAGGGAAGGAACGUCACAGACCGUACAGAUCAGGAGGUGGGUCUGAAGUUUGCACGGUGGAUAGAAUUCAAGAAGAGGAAGAGGAGGGGGAACACGAGGAGGAGGAGGAGGAGGAGGAAGUCGAGGAUGAGGAGGGCAAGGGUGCGACCGGUGGAAAAUGGCAACGACGGACAUUGAACUAUGAUUGUGCGGUUCUUAAGCUCAAUGUGAGGUUGCUAGAGGAGCAGGUAUUGCUGUUGCUGUUGCUGUUGCUGUUGCUGUUGUUGCUGUGGUGGUGCUGGUGAUGGUUGUCCUUCUCCCUUUUUGUUUCCUCCUUUUCUUCCUUUCUUCUUCUUCUUCUUUGUUUUGUUUCCUUCGGAAGGAGGGCAACCCCCAACACUAAGGGCAUUGGGUAGGAUUUGAACUCCUGGCAACAGUUAGAGGUGUGUACUACUUAGCCACUUAUGAGGUACAGCUGGUAUCCUCAAUGAGGAUGAGCUCCGGACCAGCCAUUCGGAGUUUGGAAAUACCUGCAGUUACCCUGUCAGAAUGUACCUGGACUUCUGCACUGUCAUGAGACCUAUGAUGCACCUAGCAGUGUGGACUGCACAGGUGCAUUGGGACAGGGAGACUCCACAGAUUUCCAGCUUCACCAGUCUGGUUCAGUCCUUGCCCCGUUGUAGUUGGUGGGCAAUACGAUCAGUAAAAGAUUUCCAGCUUCACCAGUCCGGUUCACCAUCUCUUCUUUUCCCUUUGCCCCUUACUUGCGAGGGGCUGCACCCAUACACCACACUGUGUCAAUGCUACUUUAUCAAGACUUUUAGACUCAGUAAAAGACAGAACCGGCUAAUCAAAGUUGAAGAUCAGCCUGAUCAGAUAGCCUCAUGUACGAGGAGUAAAACAGCCUGACAACC